AAUCAUUCCCAGUUCACAAUCGAGGAACCUAGAAGAAGUCAAAAACCCGUUGAUUUUGAGAUUUACAAGUUUUUAGUUUAGACCGUACACAAAUAAUUAUCAAUCAGGGUUGAAGAGUCGAAAAAUUACUCUGGUUCAUCAUCUGAUUGUUUACUUCGAAGAUCAUCCAAUACAUUAACACGCCUCUUCGGAAGACCAUUUCAGUAUUUGUAUCUGUCCUUUUUGAAUCCAUCGCGAAGAAACAAAACGAACGAAAAACCUUUACAUUUACAACUUUACGUGUUUUGGUUUUCCUUCUUGAACUACUUUUACUCUUCUACUUUUUUUCUCGGUAAGAACCCAAACCCCACACCAGAAUGCCGGAAAGGCGGAAGGGCCCGACGACCACCUCCGGUGGAAAGCGGGUGCGUAAUACUGCCCGUAAGAUGGCUAAUAUCGACCUGGAAAUCCAGGAAUCUGUCUCUCCAGACGAAGAAGUAAAGCUGGAAUCGCCGCCCCCACACAUAGAACCCGAAGUUGUUGUUGAGCAGCUCGAAGACCGCCCGUCCGGGGAACAAUAUAAUUUGCACGAGCCUGCGAGAGAGGACAACGCUGUAUCUCCAUCUGAAGCGAUGACUGCCCAGGAGAAAGAACAAUCCGUACCGUCCGGGAAAAUGGCGGUGGAUCUCCUGGCAGAAAAGCAUUCCUCGCUCCGAAAGAGUAGCACAGCGAACAAGUCGGUAACUUUUCGAGAAAGUGUGGACAACCACGAUGGCGACGCUAGCGACAAACAAAGAUUCAACACCGCCGCGGGUUCCGGCUCGGAAUCUGACGAGGUAAUUGCGAACCACGGCGAAACUAUAUCUUCAAGUGACAUCAAGCGACGAGACUCGAUCUCCCGAACGACCACCCCCACGACAGCCGGAGAGGUUUCUGUUAAUCUCAGCGAUGAGGAGUACGAAGAAGAAAGCCCAAGCAGUACUAUGUCCACCGACGAUGAUGAACUACACGAAAACGGAUCGGGAGCCCCGGUUGUGGUAGACAGGAACGCCAACAUACCCGAACGUCGGAGGUCCUCGACCUGUUCGCGCCUCUCUGAAAAAUUGAUGAAAGCGAAGGUUGACGCGACCUGCAACCGUCUCAGCCAGCGCGUGGAGCAUGCGGAGGCGAACGAGAAGCUGCCUUUCCCGGAGCCGGAACGGUUACGGACCCCCGAGGAAGCCAUCGCCGAGGCGAAGAAAUUGUUCUUCGAAGACGAUCAGCUGAUGGUGGCGGGCUAUUUACUCGACCGCACCUUCAACGCCGAAUAUCUAGAGAGGGACAACAAGGACCCACAGAUCAAGGAGAUCGUCCAGCGGUUCCAGCUCGUGUCCCAGGUGCGGUCGACGCUCGCGCAGAUCGAGCGGGGCCGUAUUCGCCAGGCGAAAAAGGCGGAGGAGGCGGCAAACCCGGUGGUGCAGCAGCCAUCAAAACCCGCAGUGGUCGUGAAGCGCAAGUCGCCGCCGCCGCCCUUGCGGAAACCGGACGCGCUGCAGGACGCGCCGCAAAGCAACACGCGCAAGUCCGUGCAGAUUGGGCUGGAGGACGCGCCCGGGAGGAAAUCCGUGCGGCGGCCGGGUGACUUGGAGCGGGUCCUCGCACAAGAGGACGAGGACCUUGAUCAUGGCAGUCUCGGCAGCUACGAAGCGGAAGAAGAGAAUGGUGCGCCAGAUGAAAAUGCAUCCGAUAUCUUCGACUCGCUUUCCGACGAGGAAGUGAUCGAUUUCGGGAAAACCCACAACCGCAACGACUUCUCGCCGGUGUUGCCGCAGGGCAGCAUGGGGCACCACGAGGUGACCGCGAACGACCUCCAGUCCGAUUCCGUCGCGUAUUCGGACGGACUGACGCUGGACAACAUGAGCGACAAGACCAGCGUGGACCUGAUUUCCCCCGCAGUUGCAAGGCGGCAGCCGAAGCCGGACUUCAAGCCCGUCUCCAAGUGGCGCAUCAUCCGCGAAACCGACGGUAUCCGCGCGGCCAUGCGGACCGACAUGGUGUUUCAGGACCCGAAACAGGAGGACACGCGGGUGUACACCUUUGCCAUCGAGGGGCAGUGCGACUUGGAUCUUUUCUCUCUGUUGUCGCUUCUAAACGAGGCGGAUCUGUGGAAGGAGUGGUGCCCGAGCUUCAUGGGGUUGGGGUUGGUCAAAUCCGAAGUUUUGGAGCGAAAAUCGAAAUCCAACUUCGUGGUUCGCAUGCUGCUGAAGCUGCCCUUUCCGUUCGCCUGGCGGAAGGUCUGCUUUCGCGUGCGGGGCUACGACGUGAUGGCGGCUCCGGAGAACAAGGAAGACGCCAAAAAGGAGGUAAAGCAGGUCAUCCUGCACAUGGAGAACGUCGGGCCGAAGGAGGAACGGGAGAUUUUGACCCGGUCCAGCGACUACUCCGCAGAGAACGAAAAGGAGUACGACGGCAGCCAGCGGGCGUACUUGGACAACAGCUUCAUGUUUCUGACCCCGAUGGACACGCGGUCGCCCACGAAAAAGGCCUGCUACCUGCAGUGCGUGAUCAACCUGGCGCCGCACGUUUCGAGCGGUUGUCCCGAGUGGCUGGUGAACGCCGCUUUUCGGAACCUCGCCUUCAUGAUCUUCGAACAGAUCCGCAACAGCAAGCAGAUCGUCGCCGCAUCGGUCUACAAGGACCGGAACAUGAACCCGGAGGACCCGCUGUACGCGCAUUUGAAAGAGCGGAUCUUGCAUGAGAUCCCCCAACAGGGGUGCCCGGUCAACGUGUACCUUCCGGAAGGGCUAGAGAGUGGCGCAGAGCCCAUGGAAAACUUGGUGCGUGUGCGGAAAUUACUAGAGCGCGUGCUGGUAUAGAUUUUUGAGUAGGAAAUAGUUUGUAGUUUCUGAUACGAGUGAGUAUAAUAGGAUUUUUUUCGAUCUACUAGCGUCCUUUCAUCGGAUCAAUUCUCUCACGCGACCACAGUACCAACCUAGUAUCCAAUAUCAAUGAACUCGUUCAACUUUUACAACAUCAGGUCGACCAGAUGGCGGCCCGGCAGCGUGCAGAGCAGCAGGCCCGGUUGAAGGAGCAGGGGCUGGAUUCCGGGCUGAGCGCGGUCCCCGAGGACCAGGUUUGCACCGGCGCGGUAGGCGGUGAGCAGUUCCAGGACCUUCCCAACGACGGCGGGAAAUCGACGGAGAAAUUCCGGGAAACCGUGGUCUACGUCCAGGACCCCAUGAACGAAAAGCUCGUGAUUGCGCAGAAGGUCCGCGUGCCGGUGGAGCUCCCGCACGGCAUGGCAGCGCAGGAGGCGGGCUUGCUCGUGAAGAACAAAAGGGCGGUUGCGGGGCAACGGCAGGAAAAGCAAGACGAAUUUACCUACCCAGAAGCAAACAAAAAGAAAAAUAGCAGCGCAAAUCAUCAUCCGGCGCAAAUGGAGAGUGUGGACUCGUUGUCCGACGCGGAGCAUGAUCUGGCGGAAAAAAGUUUAUCGCACGAAGAUCAUCUGCAAACGAUGAGUGCUGCGUCAUUCAGCGAGGAGAGGAACAAGAAGAACCCUCCUAGUACCAAGAAGGCGAGCGGCAAGAACGGAAAAGCGUCGUCGCGUCGCAGCGAAGUGGAAAAGCGGGAGCGGCAUGACAUGCUGCACAACGCGGUUUUCGGUUUGAGCGCGAAAAACGAGAAGGACUCGGAGAACGACAUGGCCGCGUGGCAGCCGCGCAACUCGCUCGGCGUCACCGAGAUGGACUUCGACGUGCAAACCGUACGCGACCUGGAUGAAAGUAGUAAAAACCGGGGAAAUUAUGGCUGCGUCGCUGCGUCGCCGUCCUCCGGGAACGUCGGGAUGAACCAACUGCCCCCGACGGCCCUGGUCGACAGCUUCGGCGUCGUGCACCUCCGCACCGAGCCGGACGCCGCGCCGUUGGACAAGCAGUGGGCGGAAUCGUACCUGAAGAACGAGUAUCAAAUGUAAAAAUGUCUGGGUCUGGAAGAAUGCAACUUGUCAUGCUAAAUCUGAAGCAUGCAAAAAUCUGUGUUGCAUGAUUACCAAAAGUCGCCCAGUUUUGACCAAGUCGGAAGGGAGUUUCUCAUGCAGGAUAGACAUGAGAGAGAUCGCACAGAAUCUGUCAUGCUAGAUCCUGCAUUCGAGGCCUCAUGGGUCAUGGAAAAGCUGCAUGACAAGUCGCGCACUCUUGCAGACCCAGACACUUUUGCAUUUGAUAACGAGCGCCGCGUCACCGUCGCGAACGUGCACGAGGGGAUGAAGGUGCGCCCGGGCCUCCACUGGCGGUACGAGGACGAGCACUGGAGCUGUCCGUUCGGCACCGUUUUGAAGUACGACUUGGCGAAGAAGUUCGUCCGCGUCGAGUGGCACUACAGCGGUUGGUUUUCCAGCGAGAAGAGGGUUUUCUCCCACUACCGCAUGCAGCCAGGAGGGUAUGACCUCGCGAUUUACCGCGAGGAAGAAGCGCCGCAGUAAGGCAUUGAUGUAGGGUUACAUACAAUUACAAAUGGGCGACUGCUUGCUUUGAAGUCUCUUCAGAUGUUGACAUCGAUGAUAUGUGGUUUAAGUACUUCCUUCGACGAUAUCUGUGUACUGACCACCUGACGAAUUCCAGUUUACAGUUUUUACACACGACGACCCAAGUCAUGAGUUUUUUGUUUUCCAGUAUUGAAGCAGAAGCUUCGAGGACAUCGACUUGACGAAGAGGGGAAACCGAUCGCAAUGCUCGGUUUUUCCGAUGAUCACCCGACGUUUUACCCAGAGUAGCUAGCUUUAUUCGUUCGUUCUUCGCUCUUGUAUUCUGAAGGUGGAUACAUAUCGAUAUGAGAUAUUCCCAAGUUUCGACAGAACUUGGAUCAUCUCAUAUCAAGAAAGUCCCCCCACUAAUCCGGUCGUCCCGACCCCGCUUUUUUCUCUUGAGGAAACGAUCCCGUUUCCUUUUGAGUGAAAGAAGCCCACAAACCUUUUGACAUCGCUUGUAGCAGGAAACGAAUGUACUACACGGCUACGAGCACAGCAACAUGUCAAACAACAAUUACAAUA